UCUGUUGUCCGUUGAGACUGGUUAGCAUUUUUGAGGGUGUUUUCAAUUCCUUUCCACUUGAAUUUUUACACUACUCACAUAAUUUUAUAAAAUGUUAUCAUCCUAAUAUAAAUCAAACGUUUUCCGCUUUGGGAAAGCGUUCUCUGCGAUUUGAUUCAUCAUAAUUACGAUUUGUCGUUUAAGUUUGAGGUUUGUCGUUAAAGUUUACGGAAGAAACUAAGUAAUGGCAUCAUUUAGAAUUCAUGAGGAUCAAGAAAACACAGCAUUAGCCUUAAGAAAAGAUGCUGAUGUAUUUUCAGCUGCUGCCCAACGGCGUGCGCUUGGAGACCUAAGCCAGUUUGCUUGCAAUCAGAAUCGAAAUAUAAAGCAUUCAGGAAUGACGAAUGGACCUUGCAAAGUUCAAGAUGAGAAUAGAACAGUACGUCAGAUUAAAAAUGAAAAAAAUAUCGUACCUCCCGUGGCCCAGUUUCGCGCCUUUAGUGUGUACGAAGACAAACCGACAGAAGUCGAGUUGAAGAAGAGAGAACCAACAUUUAAGCCAUUUGUUGCAAAAGAAAUAAGGAAAGAUAACUUUUUUAUCAAUGCUGCAGAGAAUGUCAGAGCUCUUUGUGCUCAAACGGAAAAAGCAAAGCAACAAGAACAGGUCAAAGCACCUCCACUCAGACUUCCGCUACAAGAAAAAAAAGAAAAAGAUGUUAUUGAAUCACCUAUGUCCGUUGUGGAUACAAGCAUUCUUUCUUCUAUGUCAAUCUCAAAGAAUGCAAGUGAUAUUCUAGAAGAUAAUGAUGAAGAGGACACAACUACAGCUCAGACGGACCGCGAGAUGUUCUUCCAUGUUGUAGAGUAUCGGCAAGAUAUAUAUGACUAUAUGAAAGAGAUCGAGGUUAAAAACAGAGCAAAUCCACGCUACAUGCGUAAGCAGCCAGAUAUUACACAGGUGAUGCGCUCAAUACUGAUAGAUUGGAUAGUGGAAGUUUGUGAUGAGUACGGACAACAGAGUGAGACUUUGCACCUUGCUGUGUCAUAUAUCGACCGCUUCUUAUCAUACAUGAGCGUAGUCCGCACCAAACUGCAACUGGUUGGCACUGCUGCUACUUAUAUUGCUGCGAAAUAUGAAGAAGUGUAUCCCCCAGAAGUAUCAGAGUUUGUGUACAUCACAGACGAUACUUACACUAAGCGUGAGGUUCUACGCAUGGAACAUCUUAUUUUAAAAGUGCUGUCAUUUGAUCUCUCCACACCCACAUCUCUUGCAUUCCUCUCACAUUAUUGCAUUUCAAAUGGAAUCUCAAAAAAAAUAUUUCACUUGGCUGCUUACAUUGCGGAGCUGUCACUACUGGAAUCAGAGCCGUACUUGCAGUACAAGCCCUCCGUCAUAGCUGCGAGCGCGCUCGCCACCGCGCGACACGCGCUGCUGUGCGAGCGCAGCGCCUGCCACGUGACCGCACACUCUUCCUGCGCCAACACCGCGUGGCCGGCGGCACUGGUGCAGAGCUCGGGCUACGGCUGGAGUGAGUUGGAGCCCUGUCUGCGCGAGCUGGCGCGCACACACUCUCACGCGUCGCGACAGCCCUAUCAGGCCAUUCCGGAUAAAUAUAAGAACAACAAGUUCGACGGUGUAUCAACGAUUGAGCCCAAGCCGAUGUUCGCGGUGUCCAAGUACCAGCAGCCCGCCGCCGCGCGCCCGCCCGACGCCGCGCGAGCCAGCUAGUGCCCCCCCCCCCCCCACACACACACACGACCCGCACGGACGAGACAAACUUAUUUAACUUAAAUGGAAAAUUACAAUGUUUAUAAGAAAUGAGUGGUAUAAUUUAAUUGAUAUUAUGAUGUCCCUAGUUCUUGUUUUUGUUUAGACUAAUAAUGAAAGUUGCGUCAUCCCAGUAAAAUUUUGUUAUAUUUUUUAAAAUCGUGCAGUUAAUAUACAGUAACCUACAAGAAGCAAUCAAGAAGCUGAAAAUGUUGAAAAUUGUUGAAGAAAAUUUAUGAAAAGACAAAUUUUGAAGGCUAAGCAUUUAUUUACAUGUGAUGUGUGUCAGUUUAAUGUAUGUAACGUUUUGUGUUAUGUAUAUAAUGAUAAUGAUCAGGGUUUUCAUUUUAUAAUAAUGUAUUUGCGUCUAAACGUGGCUAUCUGAAAUGUGAAUGUUAAAUAGUCAUAGUUGUUCCUAGUGUAGAAUGUAAAACAUUUCUUCAUGUUACAUAUAUUUUAAAUAGUAAACUUUUUUACUGAAUUAAAUGACAUGUAAAAAUAAAAUCAGUGUAAUUUGUAGUCCAACGAAAUUCAAAGAUUGGGGAAUAUAUUAUUAAUAUCGUAAACGACACUAAAUUUAGCAAAAUUUUUACAUAGAAAUUUAUUUUCACCAUUACUGUGUUCAUUUCAAUAUAUAUCGCCAACCGCUUGUGUCACACUGAUACUCCGGACUGCGAAAUGUUUAGACUUCGCUAUUUUACUAGAAUGUUAAGCAUAUAGUAUUGUGAUUGUAAUGUGGACCAAUUUUUUAUAAAAAUUAAAGUAAUUCUACUGUACGACGAUAGUUUAAAAAUAUGUUUGUCAACUGUCAAUGAUUUACAAAUUAUAAUUUUUUAUAAUGUGAUGGCUGAACGGUAUGGCACUUUGCGUUAAAAGAUCUAUUGUAAUGUAUUUGAAUUGUAAACAACUUAGUGAUUAUUUAAAUACCAAUUCUUAGCAUUUAUUUUCAUGUUUGUUAGUAAAUUAUUAUUUUUGAGAUAUAAGGUAUGUUUUUAAUGUUGAUAAGUAGUUUUAUUGUAAUUUAAUAUAAUAAAAUCCAUAUUUUGCUCGGAUUUAGCUGAUGGAGGUAAGUACCUAUAUUGGUAAUAUAUAAUAUUAAAUUA